ACAGCGCUGUAUUUCACUGUGCGUCGCGCGUUUUCACUUCUACUGGCCCAUGUGCCCAUGCGAUGAUCAUCUGUCAACGGCAGCGAGGAGCGGAGUCGUUUGCGAGCAGCCGUCUUGAUUCUUGAUCCGAAACCGCGCGCGAAACGCGAACCUAUACGACGAUAUUAUUUUUAUUUUGUGACAGGUACGCGAAAUUAUUCCGCAAUCAUGGUGACAGAUCGACCGUUUUUCAACGUGAUAAUGCUCAGCGUUGGAUUUAUGCUGGUCUUCACGGCGUUUCAAACGAUGGGCAAUAUAGAGAAAACUGUUCUGACCAGCAUCCACGGAGAGGAUAGCAGCUUCAAUGCUGAUGCUUAUAUCAGUCUAGCCAUAAUCUAUGGCGUGUUCGCGACUUGUAACUGGCUGGCGCCGUCAUACAUCUCGGUAACGGGUCCGCGGGUGGCCAUACUCACCGGUUCCUGUUGCUACGUCCUGUUCAUCGCCUCGUUCUUCUGCCCGCACGAGGCAUUACUGUACGCUAUGUCAGCCGUUCUCGGAGUAGGCGCCGCUCUCAUAUGGACCGGUCACGGACAAUACCUGACGGAGAAUAGCGACAGCGACACCAUGUCUCGGAACGCUGGUAUAUUUUGGGCGAUUUUCCAGACAUCGCAGUUCGCCGGUAAUCUAUUUGUCUACUUCAUGUUCAAAUCACCUACCAUUGAUCAUGGGCAACGGACGAUCGUUUUCGGCGUGCUGACCGGUCUUUCGGUGAUCGGCACCGUAAUACUGGCGACUUUGAACAGAUCACCGCAGAGAUUAUCGCUAGGCGAAGCUGAGGGGGUAUCUAGUGCCGACAAGGAGCUGCAACUGCCGGAACCAAUGCGCAAGAAACCUCUAGAGGCCGCGUGGUGUGCCUUCACAGACGCGAUCAAACUCUUCCUCACGCCAAACAUGCUGCUGCUGUCAUUCACGUUCAUCUACACGGGUCUGGAGCUUACUUUCUAUUCCGGCGUAUACUCGAGCAGCGUCGGCUUUACCAAAGCCAUGGGCGAAAAUCGUAAAAGUCUCGUAGGACUAUCCGGUAUCUUUAUCGGACUCGGCGAGGUCAUAGGCGGUGCCAUCUUCGGCAUUUUCGCAUCCAAGAUAUUCCGUAAUUGCGGUGGCUGGCCAGUGGUGCUUACUGGUUUCUUCGUGCAUCUUUUCGCUUUCAUCAGCAUCUUCCUGAAUCUGCCGGAUGAUGCGCCAUUCGAGGACACUGACAAUAAGGGUUACAUCCCGGCUUCGCAGAUCCUCGCGAUGGUGGGCAGUCUCACUCUCGGCUUCGGCGAUGCCUGCUUCAACACGCAGGUCUAUUCGCUGCUGGGUAUCCUAUUCGUCAAGGAAAGUGCGCCGGCCUUUGCUCUUUUUAAAUUCUGUCAAUCGGUCGCAGCGGCCAUUAGCUUUUCGUACAGUACCAAAACCGGACUGCAUAUACAACUCCUGGUAUUACUUGUGACUAUAUUCUUUGGUACAGCGGCCUUUUGUUAUGUCGAAUAUAGGGCCAAAAAAUCGAGGAAUGAGAUACCGCAGGAAAUCGAUCCGGCGCUGGUCGAUACCACGAACAGUGAAAAUUGAUAAGUCUAGUAAAAUGCAUUUUUUAGGAUACAAAGAUAUAUAGCAAGAGAGAGAUCAAAUAAGACACGCAAAAGAUUUUGGAAGUGCUCAACAGCGUCAAAUACGAUAAACCGCGUUGAACAUUAAAACGAGUAGCUCGUAAUAAAAGCUCAAAUGUUAAGGGAAAUUAUUUUGAUAUUUCAGUAACUAGAUUAGAUUUGCAAAUUUAUUAUAUAAUGCCUAAAUUUUUCCUGAUUUAUUAGAGGCUACAAUAUUAUAUUAUAAAUACAGUAAACAUUAAAGUUCAAGAUGCGGAUUGUGAAAUAAUUGCGAAUUAAUGUAGUGAUUCUUGUUUUUCGAAACACAUUAUUGCAAGAAGUCUCUAUUGUAUAUAGUCAAAUCCAUCAGAAGAUCAUCAUGUGAUUGAUUGUUAUGUAUAUCGUGGUCUUCCGAUUUAUAUUUCUCAACUUCUACAAUACUUUCGGAGCACUUUUGUGUAUUUUAUAUUGAUUUCUCCUUUAAAAUGAUAUUUUUCUAUAUAUACAAGUUUGUCCGAAAUGUGCAUAUGCAUCUACUUAUCAGAAUCGAUAUUCUCAUUAUAAAGUAUUACAUCACUCGCGGAGAAUUAAAAGACAUUGUUUUGAAGGCGAUUCAUUCGGUUAUCCAUAGGUGUAUUGUUAUUAGAAUGCAAGAUUUAUCAAUCGAUAUAUAUAAUAAUUUCAUUUUAUGCACAAAUUCGAAGGCUGUGUACGUGUCUUUUGCAUUUCACCAGGAAUUCUUUUUUGUGAGAUAAACUUUUUGCAAAAUUGCAAAAUCGGAUUUGUAUAUAUGUAUGGCCAUGUGUGCAUGUGUUGUUAAUAGCGAUUCUCGCAUCAUUUUUGUAACGUAUUGCGAUUUUGACGUUGUGACUAACUAGUCCGUAACAUGAGUCUGCCACAAGACUCGCGUUUAACUAGUCCGUUAUGCGACAUUUAUAGCUUGAAACUCGAUUAAAUUAUCCAAGAUCAGACAUAAGGACUUGUUCUCUCCUUUGUUAAUCGACGUUCGCCACAAGUGUCGCGUCAAACAUAUAGAUUAAUUGCGUAUGUGUACAGGAUAUAUUAAAAAUUUGGCACACA